UUUUCGUCAUUUUGAUCGGCAACAGAGAGAGAACAAAACCCUGGCAGCGAAAGGGUUUGCACCUUUUUUAGGGUUUCUUCCUUCUCCCGCCUAGUGGCGCGAGUUCGACUUCGUUCGGUGUCGACUGCCGUUCACCUCUCCCUCCAUGGCUUCGGAGAAGAAGCUGUUGAACCCGAUGAGGGAUAUCAAUGUGCAGAAGCUCGUCCUCAACAUCUCCGUCGGUGAGAGUGGUGAUCGUCUCACCAGAGCCGCUAAGGUUUUGGAGCAGUUGAGUGGGCAAACGCCAGUUUUCUCAAAGGCAAGAUACACCGUGCGGUCCUUCGGAAUCAGGCGUAACGAAAAGAUAGCAUGCUAUGUCACUGUCAGAGGCGAAAAGGCAAUGCAGCUUUUGGAGAGUGGUUUGAAAGUGAAGGAAUACGAAUUAUUAAGAAGAAACUUCAGUGAUACUGGGUGUUUUGGUUUUGGCAUCCAAGAGCAUAUUGAUCUGGGUAUUAAAUUUGGCCUUAUUUUAAGUAGUGCUAAGGUAGACUGGAAGAUUGAGGAGGUGGACGUGGCUAUCUAUAACAAUGCAGGUAUGAUCCCUCAACAGGUAUUUAUGGCAUGGAUUUUUAUGUUGUUCUGGAGAGACCUGGGUAUCGUGUGGGACGUCGCCGCCGGUGCAAGUCUCGUGUUGGAAUACAGCACGGGGUCACCAAGGAGGAUGCUAUGAAGUGGUUCCAGGUCAAAUAUGAGGGUGUUAUUCUCAACAAGUCCCAGGCAACCACCGCUUAAGAUUUUCAUGUCAAAGUAUCAAAGCCUUCAACUUUUUUUUUAUCUGUAGUUUAAGUUAGGCUUCUUCUGUUAUCCAUCAAAGUAACUGGUUUAUGGAAGAAUUUUGCUUCAAUUUUGUCAUUGUUCAUGAGAAAUUGUAUCUGAAAGAGUAAUUGAUUUUAUUUUGCUGCUUUGAUGUGCUGUGGUUUUUCUUUCUGACCUUAGAUAUUAUAUGGGAAGUCAGCUGGUGAUUCACAAA